AUGGUCUAUGGCUUCAUUCUGGCCUUCUUCGGGUCACUGGCGACAUGCGCCUCUCUUGCUGAGAUGGCUUCAAUAGGGAUCGCAUUACUAAUUGUUGAAAGGUACCCUAUUUCUGGAGGACAGUACUAUUGGGCGUCUCUUCUCGCUCCUCCAGGAAAGGUCAAAUUCCUUAGUUUCUUGACCGGCUGGCUCUCCGUCCUCGGAUGGCAGUCUGCUUCUACCACUGGUACAUAUCUUGGGGGUACCAUCAUUCAGGGGGUCGUCAAGCUCAACUACCCUGAAUAUACGCCCGAGAGAUGGCAGGCUACACUUAUGUUAUAUGCAGUCCUUAUUCUCUCUCUCUCUGUUAAUGUUUCUCUCGUCAAGUGGCUUCCUGGAGUUGAAGGAGUCAUCUUGAUUAUUCACGUCGUUGGAUUCUUCGCAAUCAUGAUACCCCUGGUCCACCUUGCUCCUAUUAGUUCAGCUAAGUUUGUCUUCACCGAGUUCAUAAAUACCUCCGGCUACAGCAGCAGUGGACUAUCCUGGCUGAUCGGCCAGUCAGCCAGUGCUGUCUUGUUCAUUGGAUACGACGGCGCAUGUCAUAUGGCUGAAGAAGUACAAAAUGCGCGCAUCAACGUCCCCAGGGCCAUGUUCUUUACAAUGUUUAUCAACGGUGCCAUGGGACUAGCAAUGUACCUUGUCAUCCUUUUCUGCAUCGGAGACAUAGACAGGGUCAUCAACACAGAAACUAAGGUUCCUUUCAUUGAGUUAUUCCGAAAUUCAACCCAGUCAAACACAGCUGCCACCGUCCUAACCUCCUUAUUGAUAACAACCUACAUUGUUGCAAACUUCAAUUUCAUGGCCUCUGCUUCAAGACAGGCUUGGGCCUUUGCCCGUGAUGGCGGUCUACCAUUCUCACAUAUCUUGCGGAAGAUUGACCGCAAACGAUCAAUUCCUCUUUUCGCAAUCGCCCUCACUGGAGUUCUUAAUGCCCUCCUUGGAUUGAUCAGCAUUGGCUCAAAUGUCGCUUUCUCUGCUGUCGUCUCUCUGGUUGUAUCCGGUUACAUGUCCUCCUACGUUAUCGUCAUAUGUGUUAUGAUCCAUAAACGUCUUACCCAUGGGAAGAUCGAGUUCGGCCCAUGGAAUCUUGGUCGGUAUGGCCUACCGAUCAACAUUGUUGCCGUCAUAUAUACCACUGUCACAGUCAUAUUUGCGUUUUUCCCCCCCUCUGUCCCCGUCAAUGCUGAGAACAUGAAUUACUCUGGCCCUGUUUAUGGUGUGGUUGUUGCAUUUGGAAUAGUAUACUAUAUUGUACGCGGCCAUAAAACAUAUACAGGCCCGAAGCUGCCCCGGAAUGGAUUAUAG